AAUUUGCAGUUAGUGUUGGGUUUGGUACGGUUAUAGAGAGAGAAAAAACAAAAAAGAUGAACAAUCAGGAAGAAGCCCAAGUGGCGGUGGCUGAAGAAAUGAAGACUACAACCGACGACGCCGCUACCGAUGUUGAGAAAGAGAAAGAGGAUGCGGCGAUGGGGGGCGGAAAGGGGUGUCGGGGAGAUAAAAGGAGCGGGGCGUGGUCGGGGGAAGAAGACGUGGCGUUGAGUGAACUGGUGAGUAAGUUUGGGCCGAGGAAUUGGGGGAUGAUCGCGAGAGGAAUACCAGGGCGUUCCGGUAAGUCGUGCCGAUUACGUUGGUGUAAUCAGUUGGAUCCUUCCCUUCAACGCAACCCCUUUUCAGAUGCAGAGGAUCGUAUUAUAAUUGAAGCUCAUGCAAUCCAUGGAAACAAAUGGUCAGUAAUUGCAAAACUCUUGCAAGGUAGAACAGAUAACGCAAUCAAGAAUCACUGGAAUUCCACCCUGAGGCGCAGGGGAUACACCUAUCGAUCUUCCACUAAUACGGACGUCAAGUACCACAACAAUCACAGCCAACUUGACACCACAAGAGCAUCCUCCGAGGACACUUUUUCAAACGAGAAAUUGAGUCCACCAAAACUUUCAGAAACUGAAGAUGUGUCAGUAAUCGAAGUCACAAAUGAUCAUAUUUUUAAAGAUUCACCUUUGACGCACCAGGCCGUUUAUCGCCCAGCCCCACGUUUGGGAGCAUUUACUGAAUAUGAAUCUUCAAAUAGAAUUCAAAAUGGCCAACCAAUGAUGGUGCUUCCCACACAGGGACCUAUAACACAGGCGUGUAAACCCGAAAGUAUUGGGUGUAAAUUUCUUAAUGGGUAUUCUGCCGAGUAUUUGGUUCCAUCAAGGUGUGGUCAUGGCUGCUGUUCUGGCUAUGGUCAUGGUCAUAAAUCUCAAACCUCAUUAUUGGGUCCUGACUUUGUUGAAUAUGAAGAACUUCCACCUUUGGCUAACCUGGAUUUAGCCACCAUUGCCGCAGAUUUAAACUCCAUUGCUUGGAUCAAAAGUGGGCUUGAAAAACCUGGAGGAGCAACCGCAACCGCAACUCAAACCCAAACACAAACUCAUAUCUUCUUCCCAGUUGAAGGAAUGAGUUGAAACAUUUGAUUAUAAAUUUAAGCUUUUGGUCUUGUGCAUUACAAAAUAUAGUCAUAGUUAUAGGAUUGUACAAAACCCUGAGGUCGCGUUUGGUUCGCAGAUUCUGAUGGAAUUUGAUGGAAUUGGAAUUGAA